AACCAAGCAAGACGUCAUGCCGUGUUACCAAGGCAUCGGAUAGCUCCAUCUUCAGACCAAGACUAUGUACAGCUCAGCGAAACAAUGGGAAAACUAAUCAAAAUCUAUUUCGCUUGUUUGUUGACGGCUUUUGUCAGUGGAACCAACGACUGUCAAACAGCGGCAUCUCAACCUGAAAACAAUAAUGGGACAACAACAACGGAUUACAUGUUUCUGAAGCCUCCCAGUAACGUGAGGGUGGCUUUACUGGGAACAACGGAUGUGGUCAUAAUCUGGUAUGCGCCCCAAAAUCAGAACAUUUCCUUCGACGUUAUGAUCAGUGAGACUGCCCAGCAGACCCCCAGACUGGCCACCAAUGAACCAGCCAAUGGAACUGUGUUUUCCGUGACGGCAUCAGUGACCAGUACAAAUGGGACAGUGGAAUACACCGCCCCGAAUGACACUGUCAGGGAAUCAGAAGAUUCCAACACCACCCUGAUACACUUGCCCACGGGCACCCCUGUGCAGGUGCCAGAAAACAUUAACGAUACCCAGAGUUCUCACUGGGUCAGGCCCCCUUGUGACAAAAUUGAGCAUUAUUUGGUGAUCUACCAAGAAAAGAACCAGUCAGGCACCCUUGUUGAGCUGACCACCCCCAGCAACCUGACAGAGAUUAGACUCUCAAAGCUCACCCCUGGAACCGUGUACCAGCUCAGCGUCCAGGCGGCCUACAGCGGAGGGGUCAAGUUAAGGUCAAACUGGACAGAGUUUAUCACCAAUGGUUAUGGUCGACACAGAAAGUGUAAGUGUAACCUCCAUGGCCAGGAUCCAGCAGAUCAGGAGUGUGAUCCGAACCGUUACAACUGGUGCAAAUGUCGCCAGGGAUAUAUGGGACUGUUUUGCGAGAUGUGCAAAGUUGGGUUUUAUCGCGUGUCUCCCACAUUCCCGUGUCAUCGAUGUCCCUGUGCUAAAGUGCAUUCGUCAGGAAGUUGUCAGUUUGUGAGUGGCCAAUUGAAAUGUACCAACUGCCACACUGGUUACACCGGUAACCUCUGCCACAGGUGUGCUCAUGGUUACUAUGCUGUAGACGGUCGCUGUCAGAGGUGUAAUUGCCAUGGCAACGAGGAUGUGCGAAAGCUUCAAGUGUGUAGCCCAGCAACAGGUCAGUGUAUGGGCUGUCUCCACAACACUUCCGGGUUCUUCUGUGACAUGUGUGCUGAGGGUUACAGAGGGGACCCCAUCAAGGCCAAGAACUGCACCCUAAUCUCUGAACUUCAGACCGCUCACGCCGGAUCUCCAGGGGUCGGGAUUAUUGCUGCGGUCUGUGUGGUCAUCAUCCUCAGUUUGUCCGCUUUGGCGGGACUCGUCGUUUACCGAAAGUGGAACAAUUUCCCCCACAUGAAGCGGUUCUGGACGGUAGAAUUGCGAGAUAAUCACGAAAGCGUCAGUUUCUGCGGAGUGCCAGCUGACGAGCGCAACGGGAUAGCGUCUGACGCCAAGACCUUUGAUGACAUGGCAUUUUAUGAGAAGCAGUCGAGUCGAGAUGCACGUAGAGGAAAGGACUCGAGUUAUGCCCCUUUACGAGAAGACAUCUGAAAAUGGACUGUGGUGGGUUUUUUUUUUUUCAUGAUGUUUUUUUCUUGCUGCCAUCCUGGCAAGUAGUGAAGAUUUAUCAGCCUAUGUCUUAGCUUGGCUGUCUCAAAGGAACAGUGUCUUUGUAUACAGGGUACGUGUCAUGUGUUAGCGUCCAGUGGAACAGGUACACUUGAGCCAUGACUUGGUCAUGGGUGUAAUGAUAAUGUUAUGACGUCCAUUAUUAUAACACUAGCAUUGUGGCAUGGCCAUUAUGUUGUAGAGAGUUGGUCACCUUUGUAAUGGUAAUGAUAUGAUGUUAAAUGUAACAGCACCUGACAAUAAGGUAAUGACUUGGCGUAAUGCGUAAUGAGAAUUAUAUGUGGCCUAUCCAGGUAUAUGAUCUUAUAAAUUAAUGAUAGUGUCAUGGAGUCAGAUGUAUCAGCAUUGGCACUGUGUCCUUGUGGUAUGUCAUGGUAGUAAUCAAGCUUCCAGUGUUAUGGUAAUGGCAUGCUGUCCAUCAUAACAGCACUUGUAUUGUGGCUUGGUCAUUACAUGUACUUCUGGUCUCCUGUGUAAUGGUAAUGGCAUGCUGUCCAUCAUAACAGCACUUGUAUUGUGGCUUGGUCAUUGCAUGUACUUCUGGUCUCCUGUGUAAUGGU